CCAAAAAAUAAUCAGAAUUCGUGGGAUCUCAACACAUUGACAUUUCGUGUAAUAAGCAUUAAACACAUAACACAAGCAAAGCUUUUUCGUGAAGCAAAAUUAAAAUCAAAAUCAAAAUCAAUCAUCACCUUCUCCGAUCCAAGAUUUUGUUCUCGAAACAAAAUAAAGUUCACCUAUCAAAAAUGUUGCAGCAUCAGCAGCAGCAGCCGCCUCCUCACCGUCCUCGUCGACGCUGCGAGGGCACUGCCAUGGGCGCUAUCGUACUCGAUCUUCGCCCUGGUCUUGGUAUUGGUCCUUUCUCCCUCGGUAUGCCUAUAUGCGAAGCUUUUGCCCAAAUUGAACAGCAACCUAACAUAUACGACGUCGUUCAUGUCAAGUACUACGAUGAGGAGCCUCUUAAACUAGAUGUUGUGAUCAGCUUUCCUGAUCAUGGUUUUCACCUUCGUUUCGAUCCUUGGUCCCAGAGGCUACGCUUGAUUGAAAUAUAUGAUGUCAAGCGCCUUCAAAUGCGCUAUGCCACUUCACUUAUCGGGGGGCCAUCCACAUUAGCUACUUUUGUGGCUGUAUAUGCUCUAUUUGGUCCAACCUUUCCCGGUAUUUAUGACAAAGAUAGAGGAGUCUACACUCUUUUUUACCCAGGCCUAUCCUUUGCUUUUCCAAUUCCUGGCCAAUAUACUGAUUGCUGCCAUGAUGGAGAAGCGGAACUCCCAUUGGAGUUUCCAGAUGGCACCACACCAGUGACUUGUCGAGUUUCUAUAUAUGAUAGUUCUACUGACAAAAAAGUUGGAGUUGGAUCCUUAAUGGAUAAGGCUUCUUCGCCUCCAUUACCUGCUGGCAGCCUUUACAUGGAAGAGGUGCAUGCGAAGCUUGGUGAAGAGCUAUAUUUUGCGACAGGGGGACAACAUAUUCCCUUUGGUGCAUCACCGCAGGAUGUAUGGACUGAAUUAGGUCGUCCCUGUGGAAUUCAUCAAAAACAGGUGGAUCAAAUGGUCAUUCAUUCUGCCUUGGACCCUCGUCCACGGACCACACUUUGCGGAGAUUACUUCUAUAACUAUUUCACUCGUGGUUUGGAUAUCUUGUUUGAUGGACAGACUCAUAAGAUCAAGAAGUUUGUUUUGCAUACAAACUAUCCUGGUCAUCCAGAUUUUAAUUCAUACAUAAAGUGCAACUUUUUGAUUCAAGUCAAUAACUCUAAACAUAUCACGCCAAGCACAAAAUGGGACCAGGUUAAGGAAAUCCUUGGGGACUGUGGACGAGCAGCUAUUCAAACACAGGGUUCUACAAGUAAUCCUUUUGGAUCCACAUUUGUGUAUGGCUACCAGAAUAUCGCCUUUGAGGUGAUGAAAAAUGGUUACAUUGCAACUGUAACACUCUUCCAAUCAUGAUCAUUCUCUUCUCUGCAUUUAUGCUGCCACUUUUCUGGAAUGGGUGGAUAUUGUACAGCAAAUUUAGCAUAAAGCAGGAAGGACUGCCAUCAUCGCAUCAUAAUUCCCCACAUUGGUAUUGUUUAUAACUGUAUCACUUUCGUUCAUUUGUACAUAUAAUUAGAAUCUUUUCUUUAAUUAAGUAAAUUAUGUAAUGUUUCGACUUGUUCGAGCUUAAUUACUUGAUUUCAUA